CUUGUGCAGCAAGAUGUUGCAGACAGAGCAGGCCAAGCAGAAUGGUGUAAAUGUGUCAGUAAUUACAUCCACUGGAGGUCCCACAAAAGGGCAUGUUCAAAAUUCCCAACUUGCAAAUUGUUGCCAGUUAACUAUGGAUGAAGUGGGUCUCUUUAGACUGAAGUUAGCCAUCCUGGCCAUCCUCUGUGUCAUCCUUGGAACUUUUCUUAUGGCUUUUAAAGUGCAAUAUUUUUUUAUUGUGGAAACAUGCGCAGAUCUUAAGGAACAGUAUGCAACUGCUGCUUCUCAAAACAAGGCUUUGAAAGCUAAUAUGUCAGAAACUGUAAGGAUGUUAGCUGAUCAGAAAAACAAAAAUGAUAAUCUCACCAAGGAAAUCACAAAUUUAAAGACUGAGCUUCAAGGAGUGAGGAGGUGUGCAGAUAAAUGGGAGUACUAUGAUGGAUCAUUCUACUACUUCUCCUCUGAUAAGAAGAACUGGACAGAUAGCAGAGAUGCCUGUGUGACCAUGGGAGGACACCUGGUCAUCAUAAAGAGUACAGCAGAAAGGGAUUUCCUAAAGAACAAGAGACAGCAGUAUUGGAUUGGUUUAAGUCAGCCUCAGCCAGGGGACAGCUGGUACUGGGUGGACAACACGCCCCUCACAGGCCCAAAGUUGAUUUUGGCAUCCAAAUCAGCCAGAUAACCAUAACAACAAAGAAGACUGUGGCAUGGUUUGGUGGUCAGGACAAUGGAAUGAUGACUUAUGUAGUGUAACUUUGAAAAGGAUUUGUGAAACUAAAAGUUGUAUAGGCUGAAUUCAAAUAACGGCAAAAGAAAAAUAGGAUACCUGACCUGACAAAGACCUGGGUGGUUGAAAUGUUGUACCCUGCCAAAAAACUCGGAGAAAACAAGACAGCGUGUAAUAUUUUUCUUUUGUCUACGUUUGUUGUUAAACUGUUAAGAACUCAUGAUGGAUAGGUUUUGUGCCAUUUCCAGGAUGUUGCAUUUUCAAAUUUGGAUUUGUUUUUAUUUUUAUUGACAGCCGUGCAUGUAAAUAUAACUGGAAUCAUCUUUGCAGGGUUUUGCAAAGAUCUGCUGUAUUGACUUGCUGCCUAUAAGAACUUAAACUGCUGUUCUUUACCGUUUUAAAGGAACCGUAUGUAAGAAAUGUAUUUAAUCAAUUAAUCAUAAAAUGUAUUUAGUCAAUUAAUCAUAAAAUUGCCCUGAUAUGUCACUAGACAUUAAUGCUCAUUUCAAAUACUUAUGUCACUGAUAACAGUAGUCCGGCCAAGAUAUUGGCAUUUAAAAGUGAAGUUGCAGCCCUCAACUGAUGUUGAUGUUGUUAUGUCGUAUUUUGAUCUGAUAUGCCGCCCUACACUUAUCUACUAAUCACAGAGUCAGUAGUGUUUCGACAUCGGGUUGCCAGCUCUUCUAGUUACCACAGCUCCAGCUAUGUGAGUUUUACGAGGCUGUUGACUAUAUUGUGAGUGGAACUACAGAAGCAGCUCAAGCACAGACGGCCAGCCCACACAGACACAACUGUUGGUGUUUGUUGCUGUUUGUAGGAGCAGUGUGCAAGCUCCAUCCACAGUUGAUAGCUGUGAUACAGAGGCUGAAAAACUCUUACAGCUGUGCCUCUCUGUUUAUCUACUGUAUAUCAGUGACCUCAUUUAAGCAAUUGUUCUGUGUGUGUGUGUGUGUGUGUGUGUGUGUAUGCCAUGUGUUGCUAUACCUGACGUGAGUCGGCAUUGUUUAUUAAAGGG